ACUCGAGCUACGGGAGAAAAUUGUGCGCUUCGUGAUAGACAUUCCUGUACACGGUGUUUCUAAUAAUUUCUGUGAAAAUUAGAGUGCUUCAACCAGUUCUAAGGUUAAGUGACGUGUACCUUAACGAACGAUUGAAAGGCUAUAGCGGUACACCGCUGCGCGACAAACUCCGUCUGCGAUUAGGACUUUCGCGAAUGAUCGCACUUGAAUCACGCCGCAGGAAGUUCCGAAAUACGAAACAUCAGUGCCCGUUUCUCGCACAGCAACCGAAAGGAUGAGUGUCCGGAAACGGCAGGAACGUUCCGACCGGGAGCAGCAGGAACAGCUGUUGGCAUUGCAGCAACACCCCGACGAUGACAAACACGAAGCCAGUGACCUUCGGGAUGACUGGGGCAACAUAGCUAUCCUGUUCUUCCUGUACCUGUUGCAGGGCAUACCGAUAGGACUGGCCGCGGCAAUUCCGAUGCUGCUGCAGAAUCGUGGCGCCAGCUAUAAGCAGCAGGCCGAGUUCAGCUUCGCUCAUUGGCCGUUCAGCAUGAAGCUGCUGUGGGCCCCGAUCGUCGAUUCCCUGUACUGGAACCGUUUUGGACGGCGCAAAUCAUGGCUCAUUCCCACACAGUAUCUGAUCGGAGUGUUCAUGCUGAUCCUCUCGAUGCACGUCAACCGAUGGCUGGGCAGUGGCUCCGAAGAUGGAAUGGACCACGUUGCACCGAACGUUCCCAUUCUGACCGGAAUCUUUUUCGCGCUGAAUUUCCUUGCUGCCACCCAGGAUAUUGCCGUCGAUGGGUGGGCACUGACGAUGCUGAAACGGUGCAAUGUAGGUCAUGCAUCGACUUGCAAUAGUGUCGGACAAACGGCGGGAUACUUUCUCGGAUAUGUUGCCUUUAUGGCAUUGGAGUCGGCCGAGUUUUGCAACAGCUACCUGCGGUCAGAACCGUCCGAUGAUGGAUUGGUGACGCUUCCUGGAUUCCUGUGGUUCUGGGGAUUGGUCUUCUUGGCUACCACUACUCUGGUGGCUGUAUUCAAAAGGGAAUAUUUACCUAGCGUGGAACGUGGACAUGAUGAGCACUUGGAGCUGGACAUCAAGCAGACCUACAGUUUGCUCUUCGAUAUCAUCAAAAUGAAGCCGAUCUUAAUUCUAACUGCCAUUUUGCUAACGGUGAAAAUUGGAUUUGCUGCUUGUGAUGCUGUCAGCUCUUUGAAGCUCAUCGAUGCAGGCGUCCCGAAGGACAAGCUCGCCUUGUUGGUCGUACCCCUGGUUCCUCUUCAGAUAUUUCUCCCACUGGUAAUCAGUAAAUAUACGACAGGACCUCGGCCCAUGGAAGUCUACUUGAAAGCCAUUCCGUACCGGAUAGUUCUGACUUUGGUGGCUGCUGCUGUGGUAUGGUUUACUCCGGUUCUCAUUCACAACCAUCAUGUUCCUUACUACUACUAUAUCAUACUGUUGAUCAACUACGGUCUGUAUCAGAUCGCUCUCUACAGUAUGUUUGUGGCGGUAAUGGCAUUUUUUGCACGAGUCAGCGAUCCUGCCGUUGGUGGCACGUACAUGACACUGUUGAACACCCUCAGCAAUCUCGGUGGAAAUUGGCCCACAACGGUUGUACUAUGGAUGGUGGAUGUGCUCACGUGGAAGCGGUGCUCAAAUGUGUCUAACAAUAUAUGCUCCGAUGGCGUGGAACAAGAUGCAUGUACCAAUGGAGGCGGUAAAUGUAACAUUGUAAUCGACGGAUAUUACAUAGAGAUAGCAGUAUGUCUGGUAUACGGAAUUCUUUGGUACCAGUGGGGAAAGCACAAAAUUCGUUAUCUCCAAAAUCUGCCCCAGAGUGCUUGGCGCGUGGUUCGGCGGCAGCGGGAACAUACGAGUUAGCAAUUAAUGCAGCUGAUUUAGCUUGUAGGUCUCUAGUAGUGGUGCUGGCUUAUUGAGAAAACCACCGACACGGCGUGAUUAGUGCGAAAUCGUUUGUUGAACGCAAAAAUUUCUGUUGAGUAUUUUUCGUUGUUUAGUUUAUUUUAAAAUUCAUACGAGAUCAGAGGGUUGUGUUUUUAUCACGGAGUUUGUGUGCACAAGUAUCAUUCACAGGGUAGCAAUUGCUGCGUAUUCCACGAGUUUACAUUACCACAUCAAGCCUAUAUGAUGCAUGUACAACAUUGCGUAGCAUAUAGAAGAUGAAGAAAGAAUUCGUAACGAGGCUAUUGCUUAAAAAAAUACAAUUGUUUAAUUUAUUUUUGAUCUUCAUAUAGCAUAGCUAUAGCGUUUUGAUAAAAUGUGUGUAAGAUAUCGUGAAUUCCAUUAGUUUGAA